GAAAGGAAGGUUGCCGCCAGCAAUCGGGAGGAGAGUGGGACGCCUGAAUCGACGGCGGAAAGACAGGACGAGGACGAGGAUGAGCCUGGAGAAGAGGAGGAGGAGGAUGACCCAGCCGAACAAUUGGAGGAGAUUAAAGAGAGUCUCGCGGAGCACAAGGGUCGACUCACUAAUGAUAUUCUUUGCAAGUACGCCUAAAGGCUUGAGCUAUGGUUCUUAG